AAAAUCGAAAGGGAAAAUCGAAAGGGAAAAUCGAAAGCACAUCAGGUCGAGGUUAUACCAGGUCAUGAAGGGGAUUUUGUACGACCCUUUGACGAAUUCCCGUCCCAUCGUCCGCCUCACUUUUCUUCCCUCAACCACUGGGAAGUGUGUGGUGCGCGUGGUCUCUCUCUGAGCGAACCUUGGACGGUUUCCUGCUUUCCAACCCUCCCCGCGUCCAUUGUCCACCGACCACGAACUGCGACAGCGGCCUUUUUGCUAAAACCCCAAAAUAUUACGUCCAUACUCGAACCUCGAGAUGGAUGCUUGUUGGUCUGAUUGCUCUCUGGCUCGCGUUCUUGUUACUACUGUUCGUCGGUCACUCGCUUAGUCGCAUCCUGCGAGUUUUCGAGGCACGGUGGAGGAACAAGGUAUUGCGUUAAUUUUGGUGAAGCUCUUUGUACCUUGUCGCGUUAAGAAUAUUUGACUCCAAGGCGCAGGAGAGCCCCCUUCUGGUUACUCAACGCAGCAGCAGACCCAACCAGAUCGUUUGUCGCUCAAGCAGCACCAGGUUCGAUUGACAGUUUGUUGUGCCUGCACAUCUCUCUUUAUCACGAUUCGUAUUCGGGACGAAUCAUCGCGGGACAUAUCUGGCCGUGAUCGCACAGUCGAACCUCGCACCAACCAGCGCCCACACCAGCAGCCGCCGCUCAGGUUUGACUUGUAUUCUUUUGUCUAUCGCCCACCUGUGGCAUUCCCGAUAGGGAAACAAAUUGAGAGGUGAAGCAGACGCAUCAAUGAAUCAGCAUGGAGCUGCCGACGAGCAGGGGGAACGGCUCUCAAACCUGGGGUCCAAGAUGGAUAUGGAUAUGUCCAACUCCAUGCCUUCGGCCGGAUCAGCAGACAACUUGACACAGUUCCCUGCCUUCAUGUACUGGUGCAACAACAAAGAUGAGCCAUGGAGUUCCCUCGCCGCCGCCAAUGUGUUGUCAGAACCGCCUUUGAGGUUACAUAGCGGAACCAAUCCAGGCCGAACCCCGGGGAUACCUAGAAAUGCCGCCGAACUGCCUUCAUUCAUGGGGUAUCGCUUGCCCCAGUCGGCCAUUUCUGAAUGCUCAACGCAACCGCUGGUUGAUAGAUUUACGUCUGAUUCGGGAUACGGGACCGUACAAUCGGCAUCGAGGCUCAGCAUCGCGAACACAUCCGUCUUUGGUGACAACAACACCGACACGCAGAGCCUCGCGGGACAUCUCUCCAAUUUCGAACUGCAGGCAAAUAACCCAACGCCCGUCGAGGAAUUCUAUAAUCGCAGCCAUGAAGACCUUGUCUCGGGGGCUACGGCAUACUCCUCACAGCCCACGAUGCAUGGAUCCAGCCCCCUGACCUGUCCACAUUGUCCUGAUCCUUUCAAGACCAAGUCGCAGCUGAAGAAGCACAUGCAACGACAUGAUAAGACGCACUUUUGUAAAGUACACGGAUGCUCGCGUAAAGCAGGCUUUAGCACACAAAAUGACUUGGACCGACACAAGCGAAGCAAGCAUCCAGCAACGCAUGCGACGGGGAGGCGAUAUAGAUGCCACCUUGGGGCCUGCAAGAACAAACCAAAGAAGUGGCCAAGGGCCGAUAACUUCAGACAGCAUUUGAAGAGAAGACACAGGGACGAGGUUGAAGAUGAUAACCUGGAACAAUUCGUCGUGAAUGAGAACCCUCCUCUGGCCAAUGGGGUGAUUGAACGCGGAUCGAACGUAGACACAGAGACGGAAUACCUAGGCCUUGGACCUUUGCACGUAGAAUUGUCUGACGUUGGGCAGAACUUGAGGGCAACCGAGAAGCCGCAGCAGGUGAGAUCGGCCGCAGCUGAAGACACGCGCCACGCCUUUGUAGAAGAUGAUUUCCAGCAAGAUAUGAGAGAGCAACCGCAACUCUUCCUUGAAGUUCCGUUUGACGACGCUGGCAUGAUGUUGGGCCGCCAGUUCACCGAGUUCUCCCCGACGACGCCCGACAGCCAGGACGUCAGCCUGCACACCAUAGAUAACCCCCCGACUGUGGACUUUGGCUUCAGAGAACCAUACAUACCUCCAGCCGCGACCGAGAGGUCAUCACUUAUUGUCGAGAGCCAAGGGGCUUUGACUUCAAUCCUCUAUCCAUACCCGGAAGAUCUUGGAUUUAAUAGCCAUGACUCUUUUCACAAUCAUGGUGGUUUAUAUCAAGAAUUCUCGGAUCCACCCCAAAUAACCAUAGAUAUGGUGGGACCUGACAAUGAUGACUCGUCAUUACUGAAUUACGACGAACCCCAUCGGCGUAGUACAGACACUAUCACAGAUGUUUACGCACAUGACGAUGACGACAACACCAGUGCUGACAACAGCGAAAUAUCUGGCGACGUGGACGCCCCUGGAGAACCUGAAACAGCACAAAUUACCGGCUUCUCCAUGGGGGCCAGCAGUCCGCAAGAGUCGGAGGAUGAGUCCGGGGGCAUUACACGAGAAAGCUCUGGGGCGGCGUCCCCUGCAGAAACUCCGCUAGCCGUGCACGUCUCGCAAGAAACGGAGCAGGAGGGCAGAGAUGAGGACGAAGACUCAAGCCAAACUACCAAGACAGCAUUUCUCGAGAAGCUCAAGGCUGGCGGGCUUGACGAGAUCCUCAAGCAGCAUGGCUGGGGAAAACUCUUCCAAUCUCAGGCUGCGGCCAGGAGGAGAUCCUCGAGUCAAACCUCUGGAGGCCCUAGUACUGAGGUCAGCGGGAAUGUUAAAUGCCCCGAGACUGGAUGUCACAAGACAUUCAAUCGGGAAUGUGAUCUUAGGAAGCAUAUAAAACGGCAUAAGAAGCCCUACGGCUGUACAUUCCGCUACUGCACCAAGAAGUUUGGCAGCAAGAGCGACUGGAAGCGGCACGAGAACAGUCAGCACGGGCACCAGGAUGGGUGGCGGUGCGACGUAAUGGUGCCGUUCCCGGAGGGGGUGACGACUGAGGAUGCCGUCACGACAAAGCAACCGUGCGGCAAGCAGUGCCACCGACGCGAGACUUUCAAGACGCACCUCCAGCGCGACCACGGCCUGAUCGAGGAUGAGGCGACCGAGAAGUUAGAGCAGUGCCACUACGGAAAGGACUGCGAGUCGCGCUUCUGGUGCGGUUUCUGUGUAGCUUUCGUGGGUGUUGGUGGUGACGGUGCAAAAGGUAUCAGCAGCAGGGGCGGAAAGAAGAAGGCUGCUGAUGAUGGAUGGUCCCGGAGGUAUGAUCACAUCGACGACCACCUGUUUGGACGAACGCUACCGAAGAAGACGAUCAGUGAGUGGAGGCACGAGGGGAUCGAAACCGUCGAGGGUCCCGAGAAAAAGGAGCGGGAGCGGAGCAAACGGCGCCAGAAGACAACCACGACAAAGGAGGAUAGGUCGCCGCCGACUCAUUGGGAAUGUUGUCAGUGCUAUAACCACAACAUGAUACGAUCGACCGGGCAGUGCAUCGGUCACGAGGUUGACUGUCAGCAUUAUCAGUGUUCGUACUGUGAAAAGUUUUAUGUCAAUGUCCCCAAUUGAUGGACCGGGAGUCUGUUUGGGAUUUCUAGUAUACCUAGUUUCCGACCCUGCCACCCUUUCUCCCCCAUUUAUGAACGUUGGUUAAUGAUUGUUACGAAUUUAUACAAGCGAAAAAAAAACGGUGUUGCUCUUUUCUUCUUCUUGUUCUUGUUCGUCGUUCCUCUGUUGCUAAAGUGCUUUGUUAUUUUCUGCGCCAUGAUGUCACGAACAAAUUAUACCCCCGUGGUGUACGCAUUGCUCAUUCAUCGAGAAAAUUUUGUAUCAGCAACGUGCCGGGUGGACUCGUUUGUUCUUUCUUACUUGGGAUGCUUGGAGGAUUUCGGUUGCUUUCUUAUGACACUGUUUUGGUGAUACAGAGUAGAAGCUGCAGGCACUUCCUAUACGUCGCACUGAUAUAAUAAAAAUUCUUUGUUUAUUAGCUUGUUGAGACGUCUUGAUAAACACAGUACAAACCUGG